CAAAUGUAUGAGAACUAAUUGUGAUGGUUCAAUUUAGAUACUGUAAUAUAAUUUCUGGAUUACAGUUGGAGGAUCACGCUUGGUCCUGCAGAAUCCAUAAAAAUAUUUUCCCCAGUCUGUAGCCAAUUUGAAGCAGAGGAGCUCAAUCAGAGCCUUCUUGAGCGUCAAAGGAUCGCUGAUCAGGGAAGACAGUAUGAUUCUGUAACAAUCUAUGUCCCUGAUGAAGGUAAAUACCUUUGAAGGUAUUUCAAAGAUGACUCCCGCAAUGACGUCACUUCCGGUGCCACCUGCGUGGUCCCCGGGAGCCGUAAAGAGGGUGUGCAAGUGUCGGAAGAGCUGUCGGGAUGCAGCAGCCAAGAGGAGCAGCUGGAGGCCGUAGCUGCGCUCUCUUUCCAGUGCUGAGCAUCCUAGUCGUCCAGGGUGUGCAUAUCGUCCUUCCUUUGGAGAUAAGCGCAGAUGCUCACGUCCGAGGAUAUGUUGGAGAAAAGAUCAAGUUGAAAUGCACCUUCAAGUCAUCUUCGGAUGUCACUGACAAGCUGACCAUAGACUGGACAUACCGCCCUCCCAGCAGCAGUCGUACAGAAUCUAUUUUUCAUUAUCAGUCUUUCCAGUACCCAACUACAGCGGGCACAUUCCGAGACCGGAUUUCCUGGGCUGGAAAUGUCUACAAAGGGGACGCAUCCAUCAGCAUCAGCAACCCCACUCUGAAGGACAAUGGGACGUUCAGCUGUGCUGUGAAGAACCCUCCAGAUGUGUACCACAAUAUCCCCCUGACAGAGCUCACGGUCACAGAAAGAGGUUUUGGCACCAUGCUGUCCUCUGUGGCCCUCCUCUCCAUCCUCGUCUUCGUCCCCUCAGCAGUGGUGGUCAUCCUGCUGCUGGUGAGAAUGGGGAGGAAGGCGAUGGGGGUGAAGAAGAGGAGUAGGUCUGGUUAUAAGAAGUCUUCCAUUGAAGUUUCCGAUGACACUGACCAGGAGGACAACAGUGACUGCGUGGCGAGGCUUUGUGUCCGCUGUGCGGAGUGUCUGGAUUCAGACUACGAAGAUGCAUACUGAUAAAGUGUGUGAAGCAAGAGGUGUUACCAAACAACAGGAAAUAUCCCAUCCCCCUGGCCAGGAGUGCCACUGGCGGGGACAGCAGUGACAGGAGAUUAUGAAGGUCACCAGUGAAGACUUUAAGGACCAUUUAUUUAUUGAAGAAAUGCUUAUUUUGUAUUUAUAAACUGUUCAGAAACUCCCAGAAGGGACUCAUGACUUCCCUUCCUAAUAUGCUCUGAUUGGACAAAGAAAUUCUUGAACAGAAACACGUCCCCUGGUUUACCUUCGCUCUUGGAUGUAGUUUGUGUUUUCUUCCAGUUGUCUGACGGAGAAUACCAAAUUGCUGUCACUCUGCUGAUGCCAAAAUUGUACUUUUAAAUGAUGUGGGGCUUGUAGCUUCCUGAUGAUGUGCCAACGAAGAACACAGUUGUUUGGGAUUGGAUAGCCUUUGUUUCUUAUCCACGAAUGUUUUCUGUUUCGAGUAUUCAAUGUGCACUACUUGGUUUAAUAGUCAUCAGUCCUGUGAAGGUGACUUGGAGUAUUUCUUUCGACUCAGUAGGUUUACAAGUUGUAGGUUUGCUUUGACUGGGUCUUUUAAGUAUUAAAAUAUUGUCAUUUUGUAGUUAAGGAAACAAAUUUUGAUGUGGAAGAAUCUUUCUCAUUUGUCUUGCCAGGUACACAUUGGGCCAAAAAAAAAAAAAAGUCCUCCUACAGCUGACAAAUUUGUGGUUUCCUUCUCGGUUUCUUAAGUUAGAGGCAAGAAAUGUUGGUAGUGGCGGCUUAUGAAAUAUUUUCUGUAGUCCUUUGCUUUAAGUUUUUCUGCCUUUCUCGUGUCACUGUUUAGAACUUUUUCUAGUUCUAAGUUGCACCACUGAUGGGUACAUUUUGUAUCUGCAAGCUGGUUUGCUCAGCGCUGGAGAUGAGGACGUGAGGUUGUACAGGCCUCUCUCCUUUCUCCUCUCAGUGCCUUGUAACCCACACCUCUGCUCUCCCGUAGCAACUUACUUAAAAUUGUAACUUAUAUUGGGUUUUCUAUAAGCGGUUAAGAUGUCCCUGACCUAUCAGGAAGGGCUGGCAUGUGUGCAGAGAGCCCUCUCCACAGAGAGACCGGGCUCACUUCUUGAUCGUCGCAGUCACGGAUGACGCCUCCCCCAGCCUUGGUUGUCUCCAUGUGGCGGUCUCCUUCGUGGUCCUCCCCAAAGCGGCUUGGGAGGGCGCCAUAUUACAGUGUUAUGUGCUAUGUAUCUUAUAAAAGUCAUUCUAUUUACCACCAAGAUCUUAUUUUUUAAAUUGGGGCCAUUAGGCCAGCUUCAAAGAUUUGUUCACCUAGCCUGCUGAUUCGUGAAUCGGAAUCGCUUUGCGAUUUAGCUCUGGUCAUGAAAGCCCAUGGAAGAGGCCAAGGAGGGACUGGCACUUGACAUUUCUGGUGGCUAGAUUCCACGGUUCUUUGGGCUACUGGUUAAAGACAUGACUGUGGCCAAUCCAGUGAGACCCUUCCUGACAGUUCAACAGAGAGAAGGAAACAUUGAGGCACCAAACAUAAAUAGUUUGUGUUCUUGGAAGAUCUGAAGAGCAUGAUCCAGUUGGGAAGGACCAUGCCUUGGACCUCACUGCUCUGAUGGAACCCAUGUAAGCCACCAUCCUGUGAAAAGGAGGGGCAAGUUUUGGUGUCUCGGGAUUUUCUUUUUUUUUUUUUUAACUUUUAUUAAUUACACUUUAUUCACUUUGUAUCCCCCCCAUAAACCCCUCCCUCCUUCCCUCCUACUCCCACCUUCCCUCCCCCUUCUUCAAGCAUGCCCCUCCCCAAGUCCACUAAUAGGGGAGGUCCCCCUCUCCUUCUUUCUGAUCGUAGUCUAUCAGAUCUUAUCAGGAGCAGCUGCAUUGUCAUCUUCUGUGGCCUGGUAAGGCUGCUCCCCCCUUAGGGGGAGGUGAUCAAAGAGCAGGCCAAUCAGUUUAUGUCAGAGGCAGUCCCUCUUACCAUUACUAUGGAACCUACUUGGACACUGAACUGCCAUGGGCUACAUCUGUGCAAGGGUUCUAGGUUAUCUCCAUGCAUGUUCCUUGGUUGGAGUAUGAGUCUCUGGAAAGACCCCUAUGUUCAAAUGUUCUGGUUCUGUUGCUCUCCUUGUGGGGUUCCUAUCCUCUCUAGAUCCUAUUGUUUCCCACUUCUUACAUAAAAUUCCAUUCACUCUGCCCGACAGUUGGCCAUAAGUCUCAGCAUCUGCAUUGAUAGUCUGCAGGGCAGAGGCUUUCGGAGGCCCUCUGUGGCAGGUUCCUAGGUUGUUUCCUGUUUUCUUCUUCUUCUGAUGUCCAUCCUCUUUGCCUUUUGGGAUGGGGAUUGAGCAUUUUAGUCAGGGUCCUCUGUCCAUCUUGUGAGUGUGUUGUGAAGUUUAGUCUAGCUCAGACACUGAUGAUUUAGGUGACUGACUCCUGAAGAACACACACACACACACACACACACACACACACACACA